UUUUCUAUCAACCUAAAGAGCUUUGCUAAUUUUUCUCAUUUACUACAAUUUCCAUAGCAAUGGCAUGCAACGGGAAGCUUGAAGUGGAGGUUGAGCUUAAGUCUCCUGCAGAAAAAGUCUGGGAUACCCUAAUGAACUCGACCACAAUUUUCCCUCAAGCCUUGCCCCAUGACUACAAGAGCAUCCAAGUGCUCGAGGGCGACGGCAAGUCCCCCGGAACGAUCCGUCUCUUCACUUACAAGGAAGGGUGUUCCCUGGUUAAGGUGUCGAAGGAGAAGAUCGAAUUGGUGGACGAAGCGGAGAAGAUAUAUGUUUACAGCAUCUUUGAAGGGGAUCUGAUGAAAUACUACAAGAGUGUCGUAGCCAAGAUCGUGGUUGUUCCGAAAGGACAGUCGAGCUUGAUUAAAUGGUCUUGCGAAUUCGAGAAGGUAAGUGAAGAUAUCCCUGACCCCAACACCCUCAAGGAAUUUGCUGUCAAGAACUUUUUGGAGAUCGAUGAGUAUCUUCAAACCAAGGCAUAGAGGCCAGGCCAGCUUUAAUAAGCCGACCAUGUACGUUUUAUUA